AUGGCCGGCAUCCUCGGCUACACCGAGGACGAGGUCGUGUCGCAAGACUUUGUCUCGGACAAGCGCUCGUCCAUCUUUGACGCCAACGCGUGCAUUGCGCUCAACGACAACUUUGUCAAGCUCGUGUCGUGGUACGACAACGAGUGGGGCUACUCGAACCGCCUCGUCGACCUCGUCUUGCACAUGGCGACGAUCGACCAAAAGUAAGAUCGUAGCUGCACACUCGCGACGCGGACGAUCGAAGGACGCAAGAAGACGCGACAGCAGUUUGCACUGAUUUUUAUGGCCGGCGGAAGCGCACGCCGGGCCUCGUAGCUCGUUACGUAGCUCACUAUUGAUUAUACACACCGUACUAUUGCAA